AGUUAUGACAAGCAAGUGUUUUAGUAACCUCUAUGCACUACUAUAAUGAAUGCUUCCCUUCCGAAACCAUGAGCCUUGGCGUGUGAAAUAUUGUUGCCUUUUCGAUUAGCACCAUGUAACACCCACAAAACCAUCGACAUCGCUUAUCUCCUAUACAGCGAGAGCAUUAUCUCCCUUUUCCGGAUCAAGCGACGGAACUCAAUCUGACUUUUUACAUCAACCCACCAACACGCGGUUUACAGAGUGCAAUGGACGAGCGCGAAGACGACAGUGAAUAUGACUCCGACACAGAGCUUCAGCGUGCAUAUGCAGAUGGCCGUCUUAAAGCUGGUCUGAAUAUAGAGGCUAGACCACCACGCAGUUUUAUCAACAAUGUGGCUGGAAUGAAGCAGAAACUUGAAGAAUUUCAGAGGACUGAUCUCUCUUGGUUUGAGAGGCUAGACGUAACUGCGGCACCUAUAUCUUCAGCAUCUGAAGAGGUUGUGGAUGUUGAAGAUGAAUUUAAGAGAGAGCUCCUGUUCUACAGGCAGGCACAGGCAGCUGUUCUCAUAGCUUUGCCCAAACUGUCUCAGCUAGGGUUGUCGACAAAAAGGCCUGAGGACUAUUUUGCAGAAAUGGCCAAAUCAGACAGUCACAUGGUGAAAGUACGGGCCAAACUCCAGGAGAGGCAACAAGCAUUAGAGAGGUCGUUGAAAGCAAAAAAACUACGAGAACUUAAAAAAUAUGGCAAAAAGGUCCAACAAGAAGUACUGCAGAAGAGGCAAAAAGAAAAAAGAGAAAUGCUGGAUGCAGUGAAGAAAUACAGGAAAGGAAAAAUUGAAAAACUUGAUUUCUUGAAUGAUAUAAAUGAAAAGAAGACAAAAAGUGCACAGCCCAAAGCAAAUAAAAGAAGGGAUUGGAAAAACCAAAAGUUUGGUUUUGGUGGCCAAAAGAAGCGGUCCAAACGAAAUACUAAGGAGAGCACUUCGUCAUCAACAUCCAGCAUGAAGAAGAAGGUAAAACAGGUGCGCCCUGGGAAGGUUCGAAGAAAAAUAUUAAAAAACAAAAAGAGCAAGAAAUAAAAGUUGAUAAAAAUGUAAAUUGUUUUUGUGUGUUCUUUUUUAAUGAAUAUUAAAACAGUUUCAUGAAGAAUACUAUAAAGUUAUACUUUAGAAUGACAUAAUUAUCUUAUUACACUGAAAUUUGAGAGUUUAGUUUUUUCAUGUGACGGUUCUGAAAGCAUGUUAACAAAGAUUUUGCACUGCCCUACUGUGAAUGUGUGCACACAUGCGCUGUUGACACAAUAGGUAGUUAUUCAUGGUGUUAGGUCUUUCUCGAUGACUGUGCCUCAGUCACUCUGAUUUGGCUUUGCCUUUUAGUUUUCAGUUUUUGAUCAUCGCAUGUCUUUUGGGACACAAGGCAGACAAUAAUCCCAUGUAGAUGAUAAUCAGAACCUUAUACCCAGUCGAUGCACAGUGUUCAGAUCUCUCGGUAUGUGCAUGUCUCGCAUGUUUUAAUCCCAGUUUAUCAUGAAAAGGUUUCAAAACAGUUUUUUGGUGUCUGUAAAGCAAAUUCUUGGGUUAUAGUUUUAAGUGCAUCAAGUUUGCCAAGCAUAAGAGGAAAGGAGAACUACGUUUUGGUGCUAUAUCCUAAGAAAAGAGGAGCCUCUUUUUUUUUUAAUUUGUGAUUAUACAAGAGCUGAAUGUCAGGACACUUGACACAUACAGCCUUCUUCCUUUUUAACUGUUAAAAUAUUUUAAUAUGGCGGUCUUGUCCUGAAGACACCCCAAGCCAAAAGUUAAAAAAAAAAAAAAGCGGACUGGUUUACUAAUUCGUAAUUGUGAAUGUCUGGUCAUGAAGGCUUCUUGAAUUAUAAGCUUCCAAAUUGAGUUUGACUGGAAUGAAGCAUGUAAUUUUGUAGUAUUUUCCUGCCUAUCUCAAGGUAUGCUACAGAACACAAAAAUAUCUGGUGCUCGUCAGAACUGUUUUAAUAGGUAAUGUUUUUGUACAUUAUUAGUGUGUGAAGUUUUGCAUGAUUCCUUUUGAGAAGCUUUUCUUAUAAAUUCAUAAAUAAUCUUAUAAAUGACAUGUACAAAAGAUUUCCAACAGCAUGGAGACAA